AGCUGUCUUCUGUGGUUAAAUUAGAUUUCUGUUGCACCCUGUCGACCUUUAAAAUGAACGAUAUUUGCAGUGCCUAAUUGUAAACACGUAUUUAAUGUCUUACAAACACAAUUCGUAUGUAAUCAUUAUUUUAUAUUUCGCUUAGUUUUGAAACUAACCCACAAUCUGUAUAUGAAAUGCAAUUAUAAAGUCAGUGUGAAACUGCAACGCUGUAACAAAGGCGUUAUUUUAUAUUUUGUACAUUUCAUACAUUUACUUAUUUUAAUAAAGCGCUAGUCGGACGAUAUGGCCUGCUUGACCUGAUUAUGGCAUAAAAGCGAAGGGAUAUGCAGUCUUUUAUUUUGAAAUUCCGAGAACUCGCACGAAAAGUAAACACAGCCGUGAGCUCGAACCGGCGGGAAGCUUGAGGGAAAAGAGCGGCGCGCUGUGGGUCUGAUUGUGUCUUAUACACGUAAAGUUUAUAAAGCAUUUAUCAAGAGAAGUGUUAUGUUCUGCCUCUCUGUCAAAGCCGCCGGAGAAAGGGCACCGGCCAGAGAUAUUUGAGCGAAACUGCAUUCUUCUUUUUAUUUUCGAGUUGGGCUGGUUAGGCUAACGCUAGCUGCUUGAUCGGUCUCUCAGCGCAGAAUCCAAACCCAUAAACUAAACUGCCUUAAAACAGUCAUAUCAUGGUUCAAAUAGUCAUCUCAAGCAAGGCUGGGGAAGGUCCUCCUGAAUGGCUGUUGGUGGAGUUGCAAGGAGAGAUGGUGUCGAGGCAAAACACUGGGCUGGCUGGAAAUCUUAUGGGAGACCUACACUACACAAAAGAGGGUGUACCGGUGCUGAUUGUGGGGCAUCACAUCCUCUAUGGAAAGCAGGUCAAACUGGAGAAACCCUUUGCUGUCCUGAUGAAGCACUCUGGUCUCCCUCAGGAUGAUGAGGUAGCCAUGGAAAGUAGCCAAGAGAAGCCUACAGCCUACUCUGUUUCUGCCCUGAUUAAAAAGAAGCUGAUCUUUAAAACCCGUCCUAAACCCAUCAUUACUAAUGUGCCCAAGAAAGUUUAGCUAAUCUGCAGGGAGCUUGAUAUCUAUUGUGAAAACAUACCAUUCUCAAAAGGUACAUUCUGACAAUCUCAUUACAAGAAAGCACAACAGUCUCUCAAGUCUGUUAACUACUUCUCUUUUUCCCCCACUAACUGUUCUGUAAGAUGAAGUUGGAUGUGGAAUGGUGAAAAACCUUCUUGGGACAUAGAACUUGCAUGUGUGUUUUAGCCAAAUGUGGUAAACAUGAAAACCAUGUUUACUGGUGGCAGAAGAUGAGUGUUUCUUGUUUGAACAUGUUGUUGAAUGAUAUUGUUUCAUCACUGCAAACAUGUAAAUAAUAGAUGUGCAGGUUCAUUAUGUAGGACAAAACCAUUCAAUUAAAAAAGUUUAUUUUUAUAAAAAUCAGUUUAAAGAUGUAAUAACGAUCUGCAAAAAUAAACAGUUAAUAUUGCAAUAACCAUAUAAAACUUUUAAAAAAUUGUUCUUGUACAUAUUUAAGUAUUUACACAAUAAAUGUAUGAGGUCAAACAGUAUGACUACUGUUUCAGUUGUUCACACAAAGAAAGCAGUUGUAAUUUCACGCCACAACAGUCUGAUAAAUGUUGGUAUAAUGAAAUACGUUUAAAAGUGUCUCUUAGUUGCCUAUUGCAGAUUUUGUAGAAAUGUCUUGUGAAACAGGCAGUUGGCUGACCAUACUCAGUUUUAUCCUAGGUAUAAGUGUUCAGUGUAUAGUUUCUGAAAUUCCCCUUAACAAAAAAGCAUCAUAAAAUGUGAGAGUAAGUAUUCCUUUUCACACUUGCUCUAACAGUUAAAAUGAUCAUAACACAACAACACUUUUAGAAACCUGGGUGCUGGACAGUAGAUCAUGAAAUAAAAGUACAUCAUACAGUGACAAAAUCCUAAUGGGUUGUACAGAGUCAGUGUGUCAGUAUUCUUGCACACAUUCAACAUUUCUUAAAUAUUUAAUAUUAAAAAACUAAAAUUCAACAUCAGGCUGUAAACGUUCUGAAAAUGGCUAUAAUUUUCAUAGCAAACCAAAUUUGUAUAUCCUGAUCUGUAUAUUAAGAAUAAAACUAAUUGUUAUCUAAACAUAUUUUUUUCCCCAAUAACAUGUUUGAGUGUGGCUCAUUGUAAAGCACUUUUUUUUUUUAUUCUUUCCAUGCUCCCUGUACACAUUCUCAAUAAUUAAUUCUCCUGUCAUGACCUUGGAGAAAACAUGUUCAGCCAUAAGGGGUGGGCAAAAUGGCAUAUACAUGAUAUACGUCAUGAUAUUUCACUUUAUUUGUUUUGUUAAUUGGAACUUUCAGGGGUCAACGUUGCCUAUUGUGUGGUGUCCCUGGCAAUAACAGCUUAUAUCAUGGCACUUAAAAUGUAGAGCCUGUGGCUAGAGUGUCUUUUUACCUUUUUCUUUCUUUUUUCCCUUUUAAGCAAACCGCCAGACCAGCAAUAAAAACCACUGCUUUUUUCUCCCCUGCACGAGAUCCAGACACUGUUUGACCAGACAUGGAACAAGUUACAUGAAAUCAGAUUGUCAUUUCGCCAACUGACGUGUUCUUCUUUAUGUAAUUUAAGCAACACUUGGCUGGUUUUUGGUAAUGACGUAUGGUAAUUGUAACUGCAAUACAUACACAAUAAACGUUUGUGUGAUUCUGGCGCAAAUUCAAAGUUUUGGCAAUAAGAGUCUUUAGCUUGGUGGCUCGAUUGGUCUUUGCAAAUCUCUAUACCACAU